AUGCUGUCGACUGCGACGCUGCAGCACAACCUGGCGGCCCUGCAGACGCAGCUCGAGACGCUGCAGCUCGAGAACAGCGCGCUGACCCGCGACUUGUGCCUCAAGGAGAACUACAUCGAGCUGAAGGACCAGCAGUUCCGCGUGAUGCAGCGGCGUCUGGAGGAGCUCGAGGGGACCCUCGCGCAGUGGAAGGACCGGUGGCUGCAGCAGGUGAACGCCCAGCAGGCGGCGCGGAGUCGGAGCAGCAGAAGUAGCAGCAGUGGCGAGCAGGACAAGCGCUGGACGCCGUGGAAGUGCAAACCCGGAGGCGCGAGUCGCGUGAAAGCGCUCGCCCAGGCGGCAGCCAAGCUCGAGAAAGUGUCCGAAGCAGACCGCAGUAAACUAAUGCCGCUGUUGACUAUGAUUGAGCGAGAAGGAGCUGGAGCUGGAGCUGGAGAUGGGGUCGUGGACGACGUCGAGUUUGUUGACGUGUCCGAGGAGCUCAGCCGCAUCCUGUUGCUGUACCUGCUACCAGCGCUAUUGGACGCUGUGGGCGAUCGGGCACGGAAGCUGCAGUGCUUUAGUCGCACGUACCGGAAACAGACGAUGGACUUUCGAGUGUGUAUCGAUCGGACAGCGGACACGGCGUCGACCGGUAUAGGAGGACGCAACGAGUCACGGGACGCAGUUGCUGCAAGGGAGAAGCUGUUGCUGCCAUCAGGAGCGUCUGCUUUUGGAGCUUCUUCCACUGCAUUUAGUGAUGACCAAGUCGUGGCUCUAGGACCACAGCCAGCAUCCGAGACAGAAGAGGGGGAGGCACCGCAUCUGUUUGACUGCGUCGAGCUGGAUCGGCGUGGCGCCGCACGAACUUUUACCCCUCACGGUUCCCGUGAAUUGCAUGCGACAAAGGCCAUGUUCAUCUCGCGGCCUCUUAGUGCCUCAGCUGCAACACGAACCGCCGUUUCGUCUCCAUCCAAUCGAGGGAGAGAAAAGAUGCUGGACAACGAAUUGUGGCGAUACACGCUGACGCCGAAACGCACUAGUCCAACUUUUGCGGUGGAUAGUGCACGCUCGCAGACGAUGACUGUAGGCGCGCUGCCAUCACCAGCGCAGUCUCCGUCUUUGGCGAGUGUGUUUCGGCUAGGUUCCGAUGGCGAUGCGAUACCGACGCCUCCACGCGAAAGCAAGGACGGAAAAAUCAAGAAGAUCGUGGGAAGCGUGUUUGAUCGUCUCAGUCGCCACAAGUCGCAGCAGUCGCUCACUACGAACUCUCUAUUUCAUGCUUCGCCGGUGCCAUUGAGAGUAUCGGUCGGAGCAAUAGACGUCGCUGGUGACGAUGAUGAGUCGAUUUGUGAUGGAUGCGGACGCGGUCCGCUCUUAGGUGUCAAGUGGGUUUGCCGCACGUGCCGUCUGCUAGCUGACACAGAGUACGAGAUAUGUGAGAAAUGCUAUGGUCAAGGCAUCCAUGGUAAGGAGCACGAUGACGCGUUAUUCACUCGUGUCGAGUCCAUUGUGGUCCGCAAGUGUCCUCAACUGUCGGCCGAGACAGAGCUGCUACACUUGCUGCGGAUCGGCGUUUGUAAAGCUAACCUCAAGAAAUUCAGCUUCUGCUUGACAUGGAUUGCAGACCUGCUGCAGUGUAAGCGUACGACUGACUUGCGGGCAAGGGCACUGGAGAUUGCGCACAUAUCUCCCACCGUUCGUAGCGAGUUCACUAGGUUACUGCGCCAGCUUCUAGCGCGGUAUAGAACCAACAUCGAGCUAAAGACAGAAUGGGAGCCCGCUGCAGGUGUCCAACACAGCGCUGUUGGUCCUGGAACACCUGCGACACGAUGUGAAGGCGUGUCGGGCGAGCUUGAUACGCUACGAAUUUGGGUUAAGGACUCACCUCUGGCUAUUGCUGCGUCGACUGGAGUCACAGGCAUCGGACCACCGUCGCAUGGCUAA